AAAAAGUGAAAAAUUCUUAUACUCGUUUAUCUGUUUUAAACGUAUUUGUAUUCAGUGUGUGUUUUCUUUUCUUUCUUGGUAUAGCAUUUCAUUCUAAUAUUAGCUUUAAACGUUUAAUCAUUGUGCAAUUGUUCGUGCUCAAUGACAUGGUUUAGAUCAUAAACUCGUACUUUAUGUAUGAUUGUUAUAUAAAACAUUAAUCAUUGAUUUUGUUGUCAAUCGGGUGAUUAUAAACAGUAUGCCUUUCCAUUAAUUUUUUUUUUUUUUCAUUUUUAUUUACUGAUAUAACCUAGUGAAAGUAACUACAAAAACAUUUCUUGCAAAUGUUUGCUUAACCGCAAAUCCUUACGGGAAUACUAAAUGAGAAUAGGAAAAAAGAACAGUCACAAGUAAUGAAGCAGACACAGCGUUUAGAAAAUAGGUCGAAAAACCUUGGUCUUUGUACAGCUGCAGAGAAGCGACCUUUGGGUCAGGACUGUAGCGAGAAUUGUAAAGGUGAUGGCAUGGGCAACGCUGGACGAAACGGAGGGAAACAUCUGCACGUGGUUGAAAAGCCAGUUAAGUCCAAGCACGGUGAAGACAGCCGUGAAAAGAAUGUUGUGGGUCGCAAUACGAGCACUGAUAAAGAUCCUCAAGGGACAAUGCAAAAAGCACAAAAGACAUCAUCUCCCCUUAACACAGACCGGAAGCAUAACAGACAUAAUCAGAAUUCUCAAGGGACAAUGCAAAAAGCACAAAAGACACCAUCUCCCCUUAACACAGGCCUGAAGAAUAACAGACAAAAUCAGAAAUUAUACCAAUCAAUGACGAGAUCGCCUGAAUAUGGACGUCGCAACAAGAACAAAAAGCAAAAGAGUCAAGACGAAGGACCUGAAAUAUCUCGGCUUUGUGUUUUAAUGAUAUUGCUCGGUAUAGCAGUUAUUAUAUUAUUGGCUGCUCUCGUGGUUUAUCUUCAAUUUGGUUCAAGCCAUACAAAAGCUGCUGACGGUGGCGGUCAUUCGCCUAAUUCUGCUAAUUUAAUCAAUAAAAACGGCAGUGUUAACUACCUCGGAUCAAACACAACAUCAGCAACAUCUGCUGCAGUACCAACAAGAUGGGAUAUGAAUAUUAUUUUGAUACUGAUAGCCGUUAUAGUAGUCUUCGUUUUGAGCGUGUUUUUAUAUCAUUUAAAGAAUAGAAAAUUACAAUGUUUUAAACAAACGUUACCACCAUCAUCGUGUUCUACUUCAAGAGAAAGUAUGAUCGAAAAUUGUAUGGAUUACUCAGCUGAUAAGUUGGGUUACUUUGAAAACAAAGUCCAAGAAAUAGAAACAGAAAGUUUGGUGAAGACUGGAACUGAUUCAAAACUGGACAGCAUGUCUGAAAUUUCGGAAGAGACUACAGCCAAUGGCUCAAAUAAAAUGGGUAAGAAAAAAGAAUUACCUGUCUUUCAUCCCACUGAAGAAAAUGAUUCCAUUGAUGAAGACCAACAAAUAAAAGCAGCAUGCCAGAGCAAAACUAAAGAAGCUAAAUGUUUUAAAGAUAGCGUGUCCCUCGAAGGCACAGGAACAACUUUCACGACUGAAAAUGAAUUUCGAGCGGAAAUUUGUGUUUACCAGAAAGAAGAGGGUAGUCCAAAAGGCAAUUUAUCGACAAGCAGAAAUCUACAAGGAGAUGAAUGGGUCAAUGCACGACUGAACUUUGACCAGAUACUUGUAUAUCUAGCCUGUAAUAUGCCACAAAGUAACAGUACUAAGUUCUUUCAAGAACUAUACGGCUGUGGACUUAAUAUGCUACAAGAAGGAACGUCAGUCUUUAACAUCAUUACACAGGUUGAAAAAAAUAACGAAGGUGCUAAACCCCAGGAAAUUCUUCUUGGCCAGUUUCAUGAAUGGAGACACCUGUUAGGAAACGAAGCCAGACCAUCUCAUAUCAAAGAUGCCCUCACAAAUAUGGGCUAUAUAGAAACACUGGAAAACUUCGAAAAAUAUGUCAGGGAAUCUUCUUUGCCGCCAAAGCAAAAUGGAAACCUGGAAUGCUGCUCCGAACCUUUGCCAGUGAAUUCUCCGACAAAACCUAUACCAUAUGAACAAUUUUCAAAAACUAAAUUGCAGUCAUACCAGACACAGGAAUGGCACCCCAAUGGCAAGAAUAUGUUUGUUAGACAGAAUCAAGAGUCACAAAGCUCAACUUCCUCUUCCAAUUCUUUUUUGUUUGUAAGUGAACCCAACUUAAAUGAUACAACGAAUCAUCGUGGACCUUAUAUGCAUUGGACUCUAAUGAAAUCACCACGGUCUGACUCCUCAUCUGAGUAUGACACCGACUGUCCAAGCAACUCACUCAAAAUUGAUACUCGCUUUAGUGGAAUCAAUUCUGAAAAACGUACGCAGUUAAUAUCUAAUUAUCCGGUCAUAUGUCACAAACUUGUACAUUGGGAAGAUGACACACAUAGCCAAAUCAUAGAGCUGAUUAAAAGGUUAAUCUCAGCUGGAGAAAUAAUUAAAGAAAAAGAGUACACACGUUUCAUGUAUCAUACUGUUGAAAUGAUGAUGAAAUCCACGAAAGAAUCUGAAAUGAAAGUUCUCUCUAUAACAUGUGAUGAUUUCGACAAAUGUAGAGAAAUACCGUCAAAGCGCGGGUAUGUCAUAUACGCCAUUGACUCUGAGUUUGGUUUUUUGAAUCCAUUCGGUGCUGAAGAAUGGAACUGCCUCAAACUUUAUAAACAACAAAGAGAUCACGUUUGCCAGAGAAAAAGGUCAGAGAACAGUGCAGUUGUUUGCAGUCUGUAUUUUUUCAUCGAUUAUAAUGGUCAGCCUGUUAAAAAUCAGGAUGAAAAAGAAGACAUAAAAGAUACAGACUAUGAUCAAAAGGAAUAUCUCAGAACACGCCCAAGCAUGCAAAGCAACGAAACAAGAUCAGAGUCCUCAGCAUGUAGCAGUAUGGAAGCAAAAGAGUACUUAAUCGAGGAGAGUUGCUCUCGAGGAACAACGCCGACUAAAAUGAUGAAAUUAGAUGAAGAAGAAGGCAAAGGGCGAGAACAAGUCGAAUAUGACAGCCAGGUUCUAGGCAACAGCGACAACAAAUGUGCAGCAGUUAGCAGUAGUACUAUUGAGAGCGAAAGGAAAGAAAUUGAAACAGAGAGGAAAAUGAACAAAGAAUAAUACGAAACCAAAAAUAAGAGACGUAAAAGCGUAUAAAAAAAACUAGAUUACUAUAAAGCAAUUAGAAAAACUAGCUAUUUAAGUUUGCUCAAACAAUAAUAGUUUGGACUGCAUAUGAACGAUAUUUUUCAUUUCUUUCAUUAAACGUGUAUACAAAAGUUCAGUAAAAUUGUUUAUGUUGACAAGAUAGCGUAUGAAAAUUAUGUCUGAAAUUUAGAGGCAAGGCGCAAACGAUAGUCAUAUAUUUGCAAAGUUACCAUGCAAAUAUAUGCUGAAAAAUACGAGUCAACGCAUUCCAAAUUCACUUUUGUAAUUACCCAUUGUGUGUUUAUCAGUCUUAAUUUUCAUAGUGCUAGCGACUAUAGCGAUUAUAGCAUUACUAUACUGAAAACAUUUAGACUCGACCUCUUUUAGUUGUCAAAUUUUUAUAUCUUUUUGGUUUGUGAUAUUUUAUUUGAUUGUGCCUAGUACUUUCUUUUUACCUAGUGUACAUUUCCCAAUUUUGGCAAUUAUGAAUGAGCUUUCUCCAAAUAAUAUCAAUACAGAUUAUUUAGAGCUUAAUGCUUUGUUGCCCCGAUCCUUUAAUUGCCUUAAAUACUGUUAAAUCUAUGGGUCUAAGUACGAAGGUUAUUUCCAUGUACAAAACAUUACACAUUUGGCUCAUAUACCGUCACGCUUACCCCCCCC